AUGCCGAGCCACUUCGUGGAGAAGUUCACGGACGCGGACGUGGACGACGCGCUGCGUCGCGCGAAGCUCGCGCUCGCGCCCGCGGCGGACGAUCUCAUCGAGCCCGCGAUCGCCGACGACGACGCGACGGCGUCGUCGAGUCCAUCGGACGACGCGACCGCGAUGACCGACGACGCGCGUCCUCCCGUCGCGACGUCGCCGCCGCACCCCGCGUCAUCGUACGAGACGUGGACGGAAGCGAAAGCGGACGGCGUGCGCGCGCACGGCGACGGCGACUUCGAAGGCGCGGCCGCGCGCUUCCGCGCGGCGAUAGAGAUGCUGCUCGAGGUGCUCCGCGGGAAGAAAGAAAAUGACGACGCAGAAGAUGACGCGUCCGGGUCCGACGCCGACGCCGGCGCAUCGAACGCGGACGCGGACGUCUCCCAGGGCAACGCCGCCGUCGCGCUCGCCGCGCUGCGAAGCAACCUCUCCUGCGCGCUCCUCGCCGCGGGCCGCCCGCGCGACGCCCUCGCGGCCGCGUCCGACGCGCUCGCGUCGCGACCCGCGUGGGACAAGGCGCUCUUUCGCCGCGCCGAGGCCAACUUCGCGCUGCGGCGGUUCGAAGACGCGCUCGUCGACUACGACGCCGCGUCCGCCGCGCGCGAUCCCGCGUCGCCGCCGGACGCGCACCUUCUGUCGCGCGUCGCGGCGACGCGCGCGAUGCUCGACGAGGUCGCGACGCUCCGAGACGAGGAGGUGGCGCUGCGCGCGGAGCGCGAGGAAGACGCGCGACGGCUCGAGAAGCAAAAAGAAGCCGAGGCAUCCGAGUCGGGGGACAAGGCGAGCGAGCUGACCGCGGCCGCGGAGGAGCGCGAGCGCGACCCGCGCGUGAAAGCGCUCGUGAAGCGCAUCGAGGAGAUGUACGCGGCGCACGGCGAGGCGCGCGCGGCGAGGAAGGAAGCCUGGCGCGAAGGCGAAGGCGGCGGCGGCGAGACGGCGGCGGCGUACGAGCUCGCGGACGCGGGGCCGCCCGCGGCGGCGGCGAUCAAACUCUGCCGCGACGUCCUCGCGUUGGAGCCGGACUACACCGCGAUCGGGUACCAGCUCUCGAUGAUCUAUCGAUCGAACGGCCGCCUUCGCGACGCGAUCGACCAGAUGAGGGCGUGCCUGACGACCGCGCCGACUUUUUUGCUCGGACACGCCGCGCUCGGGCAGAUGCUGGAGUCGACGCACGGCCGAGAGGACGAUGCGGAGCUGUCGUACGCGAUCGCCGUGCAGGUGUGCUUCGACAACGGCGACGUGUGGUCGCACCUCGGCGCGCACCUCGCGCGUCGCGGGCGCGUCUCCGACGCGGUCGCGCUUCUGCGGCACUCGCUGUGCGGUGGCCCGGAGGGGAAGUUUUACAAGCCGCGGUGCGACCCGGGGGUGUUGAUGCUUCUGGGGUAUUUACUGCAACUCCGAGGGCACUCCGCGGAGCCGGUGAGUUUUUACAUGCGCGCCUCGCGAGCGGGCGGCGGCGUCCCCGCGGCGCUGUUGCUCGCCAGGGCGUUCGAGGACGCCGGAGACGCGGAGAACGCGGACACGCAGAUCGAGAUGGUGAAGAGAGUCCGCGCGGAGCAGCCGGCGGCGACGCGGCUGGGGUACGAAGUCCUAAACUCCGCGUUCGCCGCGCCGCAGUGGAACGCGUUGAGCACGAAGAAGCACGUCGCGGCGCUGCUCCGCGGCGAGGGCGUCGAAGGCGACGUCGCGCCGCACUGUUACUGGUCCGAGGACGACGACGUGGACGAGAAAGAGAAAGAGAAGAAGGACGACGACGACGACGACGACGACGACGACGAAAACGACGCCGCGACGACGUUCGCGCCCGGGCGCUGGAUCGUCAAGGGGAAGAACCGCGCGUACGACGGCGCGACGCGCGCGCGCCUUCGACGGUGCGAGACGAAGGACGAGCUCGUCGCGUUCGUGCGCGACGCGGGCGCCGCCGCCGGGCCCGGGCGCGAGCGCGCGUGCAUGGCGCAGCGCGAGGUCGAGAACCCCGCGCUUUUAUGCGGCGGCAGACUCGCGAGCGCGCACUUUUACGCGAUCGUCGCGGACGCGCGCGAGGGCCCGAACGGCGCGGUGGAGAUGGACGCGCGUCUGUCCGAGGGGUUCACCGUUCGAGUCGCGCGCGAUCCGCUCGACGCUGACGUAGACGCUUACGUGGACGACGGCGAGGCGUUCUUCGCGACGCGAAACACGCUCCGAGGGAGCCGUCGCGAGAUCACCACCGCGGCGGCGGCGGCGGCGUGGGCGGCGGAGUCGAACGUGGACUACGCCGCCACGACGUGGCCCGGGGUCGUCCGCGCCGUGGAGACGACGCUGCGCGCGUUCGCGCGCGCGACGCUCGCGACGCCGCUGAAAGACUUCGACGCGCUGUCGCACUUCGCGACGUUUCGCGCGCCGAAGAUUCUCGAGUUCGUCUUCGUCGUCGACGCGGCGUCGAAGCCGUGGCUGACGGAGAUAAACGCGAGCCCGAGCGCGAUGGACGGCGGGGAGGACGCCGUCGUCGCUCGCGCGUUCGACGACGCGUGGGCGUGGCUUCGAGACGACGACGACGACGACGCGGGCGCGAGGACGACGUUCGCGCCAUUGUUCGCGACGAACGAGUGA